AUGUCUAUUCCAAAGUUUCUACUUAUCCUCCGAAUGCCAUUUGACCUCACAUCGGAUAACCUAGGAAUAGAGCUUUGUUAUAACAGCGAUGAUGAUGGAUUGAUACCGAUUAUUAAGCUAGAUAGUACAAUGACAAUGAAAUUGUCAAGGCAGAAAACUGCUGAAGAAAUCUUUAUAUCUGUAACCCUGCGUCUUCUCAUAUUUCAUUUGCAAAAAACAGGAAACGUGGCCAUUUAUGUGGGAUUUGCAGCUUCCUCUGCUUAUGAUGUAGAACAAUUCGGUUGGCUGUUUGUGCCUUUUCGUGAUUAA